CCGCACUCUGCAGUUCUCAGAAGUCAAGUCUAGUAUUCUUUUUCAUUUUCCUGUGUUUACUACAUAACCUCAUCAUCUCCCAGUCAAGCUAUUCAUAUCCCUAGUCAAGUAUCCCAACCAUGACCGUGAUUCGCAAUGUUGCAAUUGCUGGCGCCUCCGGUGACCUCGGCACCCCAGUCCUAAACGCCCUCAUCGAAUCCAACAAGUUCAACAUCACCGUUCUAACCAGACACUCCUCCAACGCGCAAUUCCCCUCCACCGUCCGAGUGAUCCCAGUUGACUACAACUCAACCCAAGAGCUCACCACCGCUCUAAAGGGCCAAGACGCCAUCAUCUCCACCCUAACAACUGCCGCCAUGGACGUGCAACACACCCUCAUCGACGCCGCGAUCGCUGCAGGCAUCAAGCGAUUCAUUCCCUCCGAGUUCAGCGCCGACGUCGGCAAUCCCAAGUCGUCCACCUUGCCCGUAUACCAGUCCAAGAUUGCCGUCAACAAAGCUCUCGAGGCCAAAGCGGCGGAGAAUCCCACCUUCACAUAUACUUUGAUCCGCCAUGGACCCUUCCUUGACUGGGGUCUUAACGCGGGGUUCUUUUUCGAUUGGAGGUCUGAAACGCCUGCGUUCUAUGACGGUGGUGAUCGGCCGUUUAGUACCACUACUCUAGCUACGAUUGCUAAGGCGGUCGUUGGAGUUUUGUUGCACUUCGAUGCGACGAAGAAUCGUCCUGUCUAUGUGCAUGAUCUGCUCACGACUCAACGCCAGAUUUACACUAUUGUCCAGAGACUAGCUCCCGAGAGGAAGUGGAAUCCAGUGGAUGUGAGUACGGCGGAGCUGGAGGUUAAGGCGCGAGAGGAAUGGGCGAAGGGGAAUACGGAUUUGCGGGCUAUUGUGGGUCUUGUGUGUCGGGCGGUGUUUGCCGAGGGAUACGGUGGAGAAUUCAAGAAUGUUGAUAAUGAGCUUCUUGGGUUGGGGUUCAAGACGGAGGCUGACCUUGAGGAGGUGGUGAAGACGGUGCUGGGGGACUCUCUGCGAUAGGGCAUGGAGUAGUCUAGUUUAUUCUGGUUAGGGCUGUGGGUCUGGGGUUCGUUUCGUAGUGAUUUUGACAGCUGAGAUUUGCAAUUUGAUUAAGUUUCAUUUGGAUAUAGGAGAUAUUCAGUCCCAGGCCUAGGUUUAUAUGAG